AUGCACGGCUCCUCCCUACGAGCCGCAUUGGCGAAUGUUUUCCAGAUCCCACUUCGGCCAGCUUUGCGGAGGGCACCACCUGCCCAUGGACCCCUACGCUCGAUAACACAACCCGCAGUCCGAGCAAGUAUACUGUCGAAGUCCCCAUUCUCGACGACCACAGCCACUAAUGCGAGGAGUCGCGGCGGCGCGAGACCCGACCGGCGGAUAACUCUGAUCCGCUUCUUCCUCCACCAUCCCACGACCCUCACGCCCCGACCGCUCCGCUUCUCCCGAAACAGACACCUGAGGCACUGGACGAUCACGCGCGCGUGGAAUCUGUACCGACACAACGUGAAGAAAGCCCGCGAAAUGGAGCUGGAGAGACAGUACAACGCGAUGAGGGACGCGAACGAGGAGUUGCGCCUCGGCGCCGGCGACGGGGGCCGACUAUUUCGCAAGGCGCAGAUGAAGACGGGCGUGUGGGGUCUUGGGUCCAGUCACGUUGGGUCCGGCGCGAGGAAAAGCGGUGGCGUACCGAUCGAGUAUGCGAGGGGGUUGGUCGAGUGGGUGGGGAGUACGGGCGGGUUGGGCGUCGGGACGCAAAGUGAGGGUGGUGGAGAGGGGGAGGGCGCGGGUGAAGGGGAGGGUGCCGGUGCCGGUGCGUCGGCUAAGCAGGCUAAGAUUUGGGAUCACGCGUGGAAGAGGCAUUGA